CUCCGCUUAAGAAGACCUCACAAAAACGCAAACGUUCUUCUGCCUCUUGAAUUCUCAUCAAUCCUCUCUCUCUCUUUCGGAUUUUAUUAGCUUUCGGUUUUGGUUUCUUGCAACGUUUAGGGAUUUCUCUGGUUUCGUUCUCCGCCGCUAACUAUAUCGGAUUUGAUUGGAGAAAAAGUACGAAGGAAAAGGGUUUCUCGGUGUUAACUGGUUCACCGAUUUUUACAUUUUGUAUUUAUUGCGAAUGAUUUAAUGGAGUCAAAAGGUGGUAAGAAGAAGUCUAGCAGUAGUAGUAGUAGUAAAUCCCUUUUCUACGAAGCUCCCCUCGGAUACAGCAUUGAAGACGUCAGGCCACACGGUGGAAUCAAGAAGUUCAGAUCUGCUGCUUACUCCAACUGCGUUCGAAAGCCAUCCUGAGAUUUGCUGAGUUCCGUUUACCCUGUGCCCCAGGAUUCUUAGUUUCAUUAUAAUUUUUAGUUUGUCGUUUUUCUUCAAUACUCUCUACUUUCCUCGUUCUCUCGUUCUAUCUCUCAACAUCAUUAGCUUCCUUUUAAGAAAAGAUGACGUUUCCAACCUCUGCUAUCGGAUUUGAAGGCUAUGAAAAGAGGCUUGAAGUAUCAUUCUUUGAGCCAAGUAUUUUUGCUGACCCUAGGGGCAUGGGUCUCCGUGCGCUGUCAAAGGCACAGUUGGAUGAAAUCCUGACACUAGCUGAGUGCACCAUUGUCGACUCUUUGUCAAAUGACUUUCUUGAUUCGUAUGUCCUGUCAGAGUCGAGCCUCUUUGUGUACCCAUACAAGUUCAUCAUCAAAACUUGUGGCACUACUAAGCUGCUUCUCUCCAUCCCAGCUCUGCUGAAGUUAGCUGAUUCUCUGUCUCUUACUGUGAAGUCUGUGAGGUACACUCGUGGCAGCUUUAUCUUUCCUGGUGCCCAGUCUUUUCCCCAUCGCAGCUUCUCUGAGGAAGUUGCCGUCCUUGAUGGCUAUUUAGCCAAGCUUGGCCUCAACGGCUCUGCUUAUGUAAUGGGAAGUCCUGAUGAAACAAGGAAAUGGCACGUUUACUCUGCCUGUGCCAUCAUGGGGAGUCAAACCAAUAACCCCGUUUAUACCCUGGAAAUGUGCAUGACUGGCUUAGACAAGGAGAAGGCGUCUGUCUUCUUCAAAACGGACACAAGUUCUGCUGCUGUAAUGACUGAAAACUCCGGUAUUAGGAAAAUUCUCCCAAAGUCUGAAAUAUGCGACUUCGAGUUUGACCCUUGUGGUUAUUCCAUGAAUGCCAUCGAAGGAGAUGCGGAGUCUACAAUCCAUGUAACCCCAGAAGAUGGGUUUAGUUAUGCAAGCUUUGAAGCAGCUGGUUAUGACUUUGACGACAUGAAUCUGUCUAAGCUGAUUGUGAGGGUGCUGGCAUGCUUUCAGCCAUCUGAUUUUUCUGUUGCCCUCCAUUCAGAUGUCGUCGGUGAGAAUCUGGAAGAUUUGCUCUGCCUGGAAUUGAAGGGGUAUGUGGGUGGUGAGAAGAGUUGUGAAUUGCUGGGGGAAAAUGGAACCGUCAUCUACCAGAGCUUUAUGAAGACUGGAGGAGAUUAUGCCUCAUCUCCGAGGUCAACCCUUUUGAAAUGUUGGAGCGAGGACGAGAAGGACGAGGAAGUUGGGAAGUAUUAGAACUUUCAUCAACUUUUGGUCGUGUUUUUUUUUUUUUAAUCUUACUAGUAAUGAAUAAACAAAGAAGUAUCUUGGGGGUCGGUCAUAUUCUGAGAAAAAGAAAAAAAAUUAAGCUGCCUUCGGCGUGUGUAAGCAGCAUAUUAGAAGUCCUGUUUUUCAUUAAUAAUGUCUUGUUUUUGGAGUUGUGUUUGAUUCUGCUAAUAAUUCCCAGGUGGGAAGCCUGUUGUGUCCUGGAAGUCUGCUUUUCUGUUGUGUGCUUUUGCAUCAUAUUAUUGUUAUCUUGAAACUUAUCAAUCGUAUUUUCUUAUUUUAUCA